CUUCCCUGAAAUCUAUCUCCAUUUUCAUUCUCAUUUUCAAUCUCCAUCUCUCUCCACACUCACACACAGGUUUCCUGAGGUGAAUGGCCACGGGGGAGAGCGGUGGUGCUGCCAAUGACCACCAUGAAGUCACCUUGAUCAUACCAAAAGAUGACACUAAAGAUACCACACCACCUUCUUCCUCUUUGAUCAGUCCUCAGUUUUCCCAAAAGUUGCUAGCGGAGUUGUUCGCUACGUACUUCUUGGUAUUUGCAGGCUGCGGUGCCAUCAUGGUGAACAAUGACAAGAACAAUCUGUUGGGCCAGACUGGAAUCGCGAUUGUUUGGGGCACGGCGGUGAUGGUGAUGGUUUACGCAGUUGGACAUGUCUCCGGUGCACAUAUCAACCCUGCUGUCACCAUUGCUUUGGCAUCUUGCGGAAGGUUUCCUUGGAAAGAGGUACCAGGAUACGUAAUUGCUCAAAUCCUUGCAUCAAUCGUAGCGAGUGGAACCCUAUGGUUAAUAUUUAAUGAGGCACAUGAUCACUUCAUUGGAAACGUCCCUCCCGGAUCCAACCUUCAAUCCUUGGUGAUGGAAAUUAUUAUCACAUUUUACCUCAUGUUCGUCAUCAGUUCAGUUGCCACAGAUGAUCGAGCAAUGGGACAACUCGCCGGGGUCGCCAUUGGAUCAACCAUUCUACUUAACGCUAUGUUUGCGGGACCAGUAUCAGGGGCGUCAAUGAACCCAGCAAGAAGCAUAGGACCAGCACUUGUAUGGAACAAGUACAAAGGGUUAUGGGUCUACAUUUUGGGACCUACGAUUGGUGCCAUAGGUGGUGCAUGGGCUUACAACACCAUGAGGUUCAAGCCUUUGAGUGAGAAAAGCAAGGGCGCAUCCGACAUCUCAACAAUGGUUUAUGGAGUUGUAUCGCUGUUUAACUAUGAUCUAUGGGUUUAUUUGCAUGAGAUGUUACACUUAAACAAACAAGAGAUUACACCCGAGAUGUAAUACACUCUUUUCUUUUAGAGUAAAUUACAAAGUUCGUCCUUUA